ACUAUAAGUCUAGCAAUGCAUGCUGGUUCUACAGCAUCAUAUCGUAGUAAGAAUAGUUGCAGCGGCGUUCCGCUUGCUGCCUAUAAGUCGCCAUUGUUUCUUAAAACCUUGCUAUUUGCUUCCUCCAUCAUUUUCACAUUUGUAAUGAUCAAUAUAAAAAGAAUGCAAGAAUUUUUUUUAUAUCAAGAAAAACGUUUUUGUUAUAUGACAACAAUGUUAAUAUUGUUGCUAUUAUAUCUAAGUGAUGUACAUUUUGCAAAUGGCUCAUGUGAAUUUCCCAUUGCAUGGACUGGAGAAUGGUAUCAAUAUGGAAAACCAGUAUCAAUUACUGUAAAUACAACAUUUCUGGGUGAAAGGAUGUGUGUAGAACGGUCAGAACAUUCUUAUAUUGUAUACGGUGAUAAUUGCUAUUAUUGUAUAAUUGUUAAUGAUCGACAUGAGAAUGUGAUUCAAUUUCGUGAAGGAUGGUGCAAUGCUGAACAAACCACUUUGGAUGAUAUGUGCUCAAAUACAAUUAAAUCUGAUGAUACUUUAUAUUCAAUGUUUCGUGUUAAUUCCAAACCAAUACCCUGCCCUUUUAGUGGACCAUCAUUUACAUUUACCUAUGAUAAAGGUUUUGGUGAAUGUGCAAUGCCUAUUAGUCUUGGAGAAAAAUGCACUGAUGAAAGUAAAUUGCUUCUUAAAUAUCAGGCUUGUCCAGAUAUUGAACGAAGUGAAAGUAACACGGAAGAAUUACAAUGUCUUGCUGUAUGGAACGAUGGUCGUAAUAAAUAUCUUGUUGGAACGUUGAAAGGAAGAAGUAUAUCGGGUGCCGAAAAAACAUAUAGAUGUUUUCUAUAUGAAGAGAAAAUGCAUCAUCAAGGAAAAGUAGUUUAUUUACUCGCUCAAUCAGGCGAGCCAACUUGUAACGGCUUAACUACUGUUUCUGAAGGAUCACCAACUAUAAAACUUACAAAAGUUGAUAAAGAGCACAACAGAUGUAAAUAUCCUUCAUGGAUUACUGAACAUCAUGACUGGCGUUCUUUGGAUGGUUCUAAAAUUUAUCAUUUCACAAAUAAAAAUGCAACACUUAAAAUUAAAAUACAAAAAGUCGAUGGAGAUAUGUUUCAUGAAGAAAAGAUUGUCUGUCAUAAUUUAGAAAAAUUAUAUUCAACAGAAAAUUCACAAGGAUAUAAAGUAAAGUUAAUCGCUCAUGUUACUAGUGGAUGUGAUAUUGGUUAUGUUUGUAUGAUAUUUCACAAAAGAGAUCAUCACAUUAUAGAAUUACAACAAUCAAAUCAAAAAGCUAUAAUGCCAGAUGAAGCAUGUUCUCUUAUAGAUACAUCUACAAUGCCAUAUACCACUUUAAUAAGUUCUUCAUUACGUCAAAGAAAAUGUCCUAAUCCUGGACGAUACAUUGUACUUGGACCAUUUGAUAUAUCUACUUCGUUUCGCCAACAACAUUAUAAUGAAAGACAUUCUAAAAUUAUUAAAAGAAGAACUUGGCAUGAAGAAUUACCUCAAAAAGAAUUACACGAACAAUAUCAACAAAUUCAUCAUCAUCAUCAUCAUCAUCAUCAUCAUCAUCAUCAUCAACAACAACAACAACAACAACAACAACAACAACAUGAAGGAGAACAACAUCAACAACAAAAAGGAGAUUGUAAGAGUACCAAUGUUCAAAUAGGUUGUGUCUCAUCAAAUCAAACAGAAAUUGUUAUUGGAAAAACAUGUGAUACUGAAGAAACAACAUAUUAUUGUCAUGGCAGUUGGAAAGAAAAAGAUACUUGGUAUACAAUAGUGUCACUAAAAACCAAUCAAGCUUCUUUAAGUUUCGGACAAACUUUUUGUUUUUCUAUGCGAUUUACUAAUAAUAUAGAAAAAACAUCCAUGACUGCAAAAGCGGCUAAAACAAAAGUCUUUGAACAAAAACUUUGGUUAACUAAAUUAGAUCGCAUUUGUCGCAGAGAACAAGUUGAAGAUGAACGAUCUUAUACACUUAUUAAUCAAGGCAUUUGCGAAGACGUGGAAAAAGUGUAUUCCAGUUUAGCAUCAUUUUUUUCUAAUUCUAGAAUCUUAUAUAUCGCAGUUAUAGGAAAUUAUGCCGCAUACAUAUUUUUAAUAAGAUGAUAUGCCACUUCCACAUGAAUUGAAUAUUUUUAAUAGAAUUUCUUUUUUUGUUUUAUUAUUAUUA